AUGCGAGAUAAAAGUAGUUUCGGGUGGAUUCUCUCGCGCUCGCUGGACACAAUCACACCAGAGAUGGCACUAAGUUGGUCUUUCAAAACGCUCGCGUACUUCGCAGUCGUUUUUGCAAUAAGCGAUUUGCAUGGAACACGGUACAAAUCUCGGUUAAACAGUGUCACAGCUACCGAUGGCAAGGACUCGAAUCGUCCAGAAGUAAGGAUACCUCAAGGGGUUCUUCGAGGUAUGAACAUGAUCAGUCGUCGCAACAGAAGCAUCUUCGGCUUUGAGGGAGUCCCUUAUGCCAAACCACCUCUUGGAGAACUCCGAUUCAAAAGCCCGGUAGCACCAGAGCCUUGGAAUGGGACAUUCGACGCGAGCAGAAGAGCUCCUUGGUGUCCACAGAUCGUCGCAACAGGCCAAUUCGUAGGAGAGGAAGACUGCUUGGUUCUGAAUGUUUUUACACCCCGACUACCCCAGAGUAAAAACUCCACUCUGCUACCGGUAAUGGUGUACAUUUUUGGCGGUGCACACUUCCGGGGUACAAUCGAUUCCGAACGUUUCGGUCCAGAAUAUCUUUUAGACAAGGAUGUACUCUUAGUAUUUCCCAACUAUCGACUGGGAGCGUUAGGAUUUCUCAGCACUGGUGACGAGGUGGCGCCCGGGAAUUUUGGCUUGAAGGACUUAGUCCAGGCCUUGGAGUGGACACGUGAUAACAUCCAGUAUUUUGGCGGUGAUCCAAAUCGAGUGACCCUGUUUGGAGGCAGCUCAGGCGCCAUCAUGGUUCACCUUUUAUCACUAUCGAAUUCGACAAAUGGACUAUUUCACAAAUACAUAACCCAGAGCGGAUCGGCACUGAGCCUGUCAUCAGUGCAACCCUCGAUCAUCAGCAAAAAUCGUGCGUUCGAGGUCGGCAAGGAGCUGGGCUGUCCGACUAACUCAUCCGCUAUUCUCAUAGACUGCUUGAGAGGUUUGACCGUGUUACAGCUUGUAAAUACGACAUUGCCGUUCAAAAAGUGGAAGUUUACAAAAACCUAUAUGUGGAUGCCGACUGUCGAACCGCAUGUAGAAGGGGCUUUUCUGACUCAAAAUCCUGUGGAACUGGUUACGUCUGGCAAAGGCCGAGAUCUACCGUGGUUGAGUGGCUUCAACCGCGAAGAGGGGUUAAACUUUGCAGUUGGAUUCUACAGUCAUCCAGAUUCGGCACAAAAAUUCUUUGAUUCGAUUGACUCCGCUUUAGCGAAAGAGUUGGCAUAUGACGUCCAAGUGAAGAACAAAGAAUACUGGACUUCUUCUCUGAAGAAAUAUUACUUGAAUGAUUUGACCGCAAGCAGAAACGUGUGCUCAUACACCAAGACAGCCCUUGCGUGUAAAAUCGAGCACUUCAGUUUUGCGCACGAGCUUACGUCGCUUUACCGCACUAGUUUAGAAUGGAGCAUUUCACGCUCCACGAGCUUCGAAAAUCGCACUUUUCGCACAGGUAAGAAAGUUAACUUUAUGGUUGAUUUGGGAAUGAAAACAAUUGCUCUUUCUCACGUUCGAGGUGAAAGAAAUCAAACUAAAGUAGCCAUUACUCAGGCGCAAGGAUUGCGUCCGCCACUUUUACGGAACUUGACACAUCUUUAUGGCGAUAUUAUGCUCAUUUGUCCCAUGUUUAUGGCACAACAGCUGCACCUGGCGUUCGCCGAACAACCGCAAUACUUAUACAGUUUUGAAUACGAGGGCACCCUGAAAUACAGUUACAAUUUUUCGGGUGGUGAUGUUAAAAAUUAUGGUGUGACGCAUGGUGACGAUAUCCUUUACCUCUUCCGAUCUCGACAUCCGUAUUUUGGGCCCCCUGAAUACCAACAUAACGAGAAUGAUUGGAAAAUGGUCGAUAUAAUGGUAGAGUUGUGGACAUCAUUCGCUACCACUGGAACUCCGACUACAUCAAUGUUCAAUGGAACGAAGAUAUGGGAGCCAUUUUCCUCGCGCAAUAAUUACCUUCAAAUAGGUAAUGGACCUGAGUUGACACUCGAAAACAAAAACGACUUCCUCGCAGCCAGAAUGCAGUUUUGCAAAGAUCUGUAUGCCAACACGACGUGGGCUUAG